AUGCAUGAUAUCCUAGAGGGUGUUUGCAAAUACGAUAUUGGUAUGAUGUUAAAAACUAUGAUAUAUGACUUGAAUUAUUUUACUAUUGAUAUCCUUAAUGACAGGAUAGAAUCGUUUAACUAUGGACCUAUUAACAUUCGUAACAGACCUCCACUUUUGUCAAAUGAAUCAUUAAGACGCGGUAUAAUAAAGAUGUCUGCUUCCGAAAUGUUGUGUUUCACAAAGAAUUUAGCAUUAAUUAUUGGUGAAUUAGUUCCCUUACAUUCAAAAUAUUGGUGUUUAUAUGUUACUUUAAAACAAAUCAUAGAUAUUCUCUUAGGAAAAUGCCUCAAAGUAGAAGACAUUAAACUCUGUAAAGUAUUAAUAAAAGAGCACCAUGAGUUAUAUAUUAAAUUAUUUAACACCCACCUCAAACCCAAAUUCCAUCAUAUGAUACACUAUCCUUUUAUUAUGGAACAGUGUGGACCAUUGUCAUCACUUUGGUCUAUGCGUUUUGAAUCCAAACAUAAACAGCUUAAGGAAACUGCUAAAUCAAUUACAUCUCGUAAGAACUCCCCUUAUACCUUGGCAUUGAAACACCAACUUAGUUUAGCAUACAGAGUUUUGUCAUCAAAUAAUAAUAUUAUUGAUAUGCAGUUCGGUCAUCAAAUAACUCUUUCGGAAACAACACGGCUUGAGUAUAGUAAAGUUGAAUUUUUAUGUUCCCCUUUUGAAUUUUUAGAAGAUGCAAUAUUUGUUUCGUGGAUUAAUUUUAAAGGAACCACUUAUAAUAGUAAUAAUAUGUCUGUUCUA